GACGUCUUAGAAGAGCAGAGCAGACACCUGGGGUUAGAAGGAAGAGUUUUACACGGAGGAUGGCGUCGGGAAAAGAUGACGAGAUGACGGAUGACAGACCGGCCCGCAUUAAACAAGAGGACUGCGAGUGGGGCACACCCAGUGGUGUGUCUGUCAAGGCAGAGGAGUGCGAGGUUAGCAUCUCAGUUUUGAAAGAGGAGGAGGGCGAACGCAAGAUUGCGGAUCUCAAAUCGGAGGAGUCGGAAGAUUUCUUAGUUACGCUUGCACUACAAAAGCACGAAACUGGGAGUGCGUUCAAAGAAGGGGGUUGUGGUGAAUUUCAUUCCAGUGCCCUGCCCUGGGUCACUGAAACGGGACAACCGGCUACCUGGGAGAAUUCAGUGGAAACGAAGGACAAGUUAUUUGGGCUUGAAGAGAAAAUCAACGAAGGGAAGGGGCGAGGAGAAGAAAAAGAGCAGCAGUCGUGUCGGAGCAUGGAGAUAAAUUUCCAGGAGAACAACAUCUUCUUCCCACCCUCCUCUGCUCAGACCUCUGUCAAGUGCAAGCUGGAACAGACACAGGACAACGAAAAUGAGAUGAGAUCCACAAUUAGAUCAGCGUGUUUGCCACCUGGCUCUUUCCAGCAUACUUGUCUCCCUGCUGCUAAGAAAGUAAAAACAGAAACCAUCAACAGUGAACACCUACAUGUGCAUAACACAAAUCAAGAGGCUUUGCUCCAACACAAUUCUAAUAGUAAAGAUCAUAAGUGGACUGAAACGAGACCGAAGCCCUACGCCUGUUCUGAAUGUGGGAAGCUAUUUUCACACAGCAAUAGUCUUCACAGACACAAAAAAAUUCACACGGGAGAGAUUCCGUACUGCUGUCCAGAAUGUGGUAAACGAUUCUUACAAAUGAGCAGUCUGAAAAGCCACACGAGAAUCCACACUGGCGAAAAACCUUAUUGCUGUUCUGAGUGUGGGAAGCGAUUCUUACAAAAGUGCCAUCUUCAAGACCACGUCAGAAUUCACAGUGGAGAGAAGCCUUAUUGUUGUACUGAGUGUGGCAAACAGUUCUUACAAGUCAGCCACCUACAGAGCCACAUCAGAGUUCACACUGGAGAGAAACCUCACAGCUGUGCAGAGUGUGGAAAAUUAUUCUCCCACAGGAGUGGCCUUUAUAGCCAUAAAAUAAUUCAUACUGGGGAGAAGCCGCAUUGCUGUUGUGAGUGUGGCAAGCGUUUCUCAAACAGCAGUAAGCUUAAUAGACACAUGAGAGUUCACAUCAGAGAGACAAACAAACCUUAAAAAGUAUGAGGAGAUGCAAGCAGAAAUGUGUAAAAUGUGGACAAAAACCUCCAACAUUGUUGUUUGGAUCAACCGGACUCAUUGAAUGAAAGUUUCAUGUAGGCGUCCUGACAAUUUACACCAAACUGUUUGACUUAUAAAAGGAGGCAUUACUGGGGACAAUGCAAAAUUCUAAGCUAUUGUGACAAAUUUAAGAGAAUGGCAAUGGUGCAUAUGACCUAAGUGAUGAUUGAGGUUCACUCCUGUCUUGUCUACAAGCAAAUAUAACCAUUAUGGAGAAACUGGGAAACUCUUUUGCAAAUGCUUCUCACCAAUAAGAAGUCUUCAGAGCCACUAAACCGUCCAUCAUGAAGCAGAAGUAAAGUACUAAGAAAUGCAGUUGGAGAUGUGACACACAUGGGACAAAACAAUUGACAUUGUAUCAGUGAUGCUGUGAUACACAGGACUAAUUUAAAGGACCUUCUAGGGCCAUAAUGAUAUUCUGCCAAUCUCUUUAACCCCAUAUGAAUCGGAAAAGUAAAUAAUACGAGGCAUCAUUCAGCUACUACACUGAAGCCUCACUGCAUAUCAACCUCAACAACAUACAGUAUGUAGCAGUACAGCGUCACAUCAACACUGAAGACUGAGGACCACCCAAAUUUUGCUUUAAAACAAACACACACACACAAGUGGUUUGAAGAAUUUAACCCUAAAGAAAAAAAUCCUAUCCUCCUGCAGUUGCAAUGUUCAAAAGCAACAUUCAGAUUCACACAUGAGAGAAGCCAUUUUACUCUUCUGAAUCUGGCAAGCGAUUUUCACAGAUUUGCUGCAUUUUGUAGCCACUCAACAAUUUAUUGUUAUUCUUAACGUGAGAAGUGAUUCUCACAAGCAGGCAGUCUUCACAGGUCUCUUCAUUGUUGUGUUUUUAAUGUGGCAUGUUAGCGCUGCUGCCUUGCAGUUCAGUGAUCAGGAUUCACAUCCCAUGUGCUCACUGCGUGGAAUCUGCAUGUUGUUCCCGUGAGUUUUAUUCUGGUGCUCCAGUUUCCUCUCACCAUCCAAAAACAGGUUAGGUGAAUUGGCACUAGUGUAUGCUUGGUGUGUGUGGCACCAUGUCCAAGGGUUGUUUGUGCCUUGUGUCCUAUGCUAGCUGGGAUGUGCUCCAGGUGAACCUCGUCCCAGCUCUGGAUUGAGCAGGAUAAUAAAAAAUAACUUGACAUGGUUACUUAAUGUGGCAAACAAUUCUCACAAAUAGUCUUCACAGUCACAAACAAAUUCAUAGUUGUCUUUCUAAUGUGGCAAGUGAUUCUCAUAAACAGGCAGACUUCACAGUACCUGCAGAAAUUGCAGUUGUGAUCUUAAUGUGGGAAGCGAUUCUCACAAACAGGCAGUUUUCACUGUCACAAAAAAAAAAGUCACUCUGGUGUUGUUAAUGUGACAAGUGAUUCUCACAAGUUGGCUUACUUCACGGUACCUGCGAGAAUCACAGCGGUGUUCUUAAUGUGGCAAGUGAGUCUCUAAAGCAGGCAGUCUUGUCUGUCACAACAGAAUUCUCUGUGUUGCUCUUUAUGUGGCAAGCGAUUCUCACAGAUUGGCUUCACUGUUACAGAAAAAUUCACACCCGCACACAGUACAAAUGAUCUGCUGCCUGCCACUGCAUCAUUUUUUCACUUUGAUUAUCAGGGAGUCUUUGAAUUCAGCCCUCUGUAGGUUGAUCAUUUUCAUUUCCAUCAAACGAUGUGGCAUCCUUUCGUUCCUAACACAUUACCCAGUCCAUA